AUGGGCCCCUAUAUACCGCCUCCUCAUUGCUGCUGCCAGGCCCCUAAUCUGCCAUGGGCCCCCUAUAUACCGCCUCCUCAUGCUGCUGCCAGGCCACUAAUCUGCAUGGGCCCUAUAUACACGCCUCCUCAUGCUGCUGCCGUCCAGAGUCUCUCAUGGGUCCCUGUACGGCCUCCCAUUGCUGCUGUCUCCAUGCAUCUGCCCCACACUCUCCCAUGUGCCACUUUCAGGUCUCCUCACACUGCUGGUGUGUUGAAUUUUUUGACAUAGGGUGCUGGCAGAUUACGGGCCUCCCAUAGCUGCUGCCCAGGCCCCUAAUCUGCCAUGGGCCCCUAUAUACCGCCUCCUCAUGCUGCUGCCAGGUCCAGAGUCUGUCAUGGGUCCCUGUACGGCCUCCCAUUGCUGCUGUCUCCAUCGCCACACUCUGCCAUGUGCCACUUUCAGGUCUCCUCACACUGCUGGUGUGUUGAAUUUUUUGAC